AUAGUUUGUCCUGUAUUAUCUUGUUUAGAGCAGACCCAGAGCUGCCCCAGUGCAGCUAAAACGAACAAGCUUAUAACAAGUUGUUAUUGUCAAAAGUAGUCAAGAUGAAUUUGGAACUGUUAGAAUCUUUUGGGCAAAACUAUCCAGAGGAAUUUGACGGUGCAUUAGAUUGUAUAUCUCUUGCGGUAACUUGUAUGUUUAACAAGAGAGGAACAUUACUUGCUGUUGGUUGCAAUGAUGGAAGAAUUGUAAUUUGGGAUUUUUUAACUCGUGGUAUAGCUAAAAUUAUUAGUGCUCAUGUACAUCCUGUGUGUUCAUUAAGUUGGUCUAGGAAUGGUCAUAAAUUAUUAAGUGCUUCUACGGAUAAUAAUGUAUGUAUAUGGGAUGUUCUAUCUGGAGAAUGUGAUCAGAAAUACAGAUUUCCUUCUCCAAUAUUAAAAGUGCAGUUUCAUCCAAGGAAUCUCAACAAGUUUUUGGUAUGCCCAAUGCGUCAUGCUGCAGUUAUGGUUGAUGUCGAAGGAACACAUAAAGUUAUACCACUUGAUGAAGAUAGCGACUUAAACAUAGUAGCAUCAUUUGAUCGACGUGGAGAUUAUGUAUAUACUGGUAAUGCUCGUGGUAGAGUUUUAGUUUUAGAUGCAGAGACAUUAAUUGUGAAAGCUUCUUAUAAAAUAACGCAAGGCACUGCUAGUAAUACAGCAGUAAAGAGUAUAGAAUUUGCACGACGAGGCUGUGGUUUUCUUGUAAAUACAUCUGAUAGAGUGAUUCGCGUAUAUGACAGUACCGAAAUAUUAGCAUGCGGUAAGGACGGUGAACCUGAGCCAAUUCAAAAAUUACAAGACCUUGUAAAUAAAACAAUGUGGAAAAAAUGUUGUUUCUCGGGUGAUGGAGAAUAUGUGUGCGCUGGAUCGGCCAGACAACAUGCAUUGUACGUAUGGGAAAAAAGUAUCGGAAAUUUGGUGAAAAUUUUACAUGGAACUAAAGGCGAACUUUUACUCGAUGUUGUGUGGCAUCCAGUAAGGCCAAUUAUCGCAUCUAUAUCAUCAGGUGUAGUUUCUAUUUGGGCGCAAAAUCAAGUAGAAAAUUGGUCUGCGUUUGCACCAGAUUUCAAGGAAUUGGAUGAAAAUGUUGAAUAUGAGGAAAGGGAAAGUGAAUUUGAUUUGAGCGAUGAAGAUAAGUCUGUAGUGCAAGGAGAAGAGGCUCAAGACGAAGAAAUAGAAGUUGAUGUUGCUGCAAUCGACAGAGUUCCUGCAUUUUGUAGUUCUGACGAGGAAACUGAAGAUAUUGGUUCUCUUCAAUUUUUACCUAUAUCUCCAGAUGUAGAAGAUUCUGAAGAUAAUCAAGUAACAUCGCAUGAACCACCGAUGAAAAAACACCGUUCACACGAAAUAAAUUUGCAAGGGGCGCCAACUGAUGAAACUCAUCCCUUACUAAACAAAGGAAAAGAUAAACCAACUACAAAGAAAGGAAGACCAAGAUUAGAACAUAGAAAAGGAAAAUAAUUUAAUGUAUAAAAUAAAAUAAUAUGGAUAAAAAUAAAAAAUAAAUUUGUUUACUAUUUAUAACAUGAUAAAAACUUAUGUAUAAGACACUAUAAAUUUUGAUAAA